UUUACCGUACUGUAGGUGUGUAGGAAAUUCAUAGCUGUAGGUUAAGUACAGAACACCCUGAAUGUCCCACUUAGUUGCCAAGUCUGUUGAAAACCCUGAACACAACUUGAAUAGUGGUGCUACUGCUACUAACCCCCCCUCAUGCACUAAAAAUGGAAGAAAAAUGUCUCAACAUAAAUUGCUUUCAUCUAUGUCUUCAUACGAGUCCGACACCGACGUAUAUUUGACAAAUCCGCCGAUGAAGUUGCUUAAUGUCAGUUAUUCCCCCCAACCACCAUCAGCUGGGGAUGUAUUGAUGGCUGGCGAUCGGGAACAAUCUACAUCUAAUCCACAACACAGACGAAGUUCCCAUGCUGAAGGAUGCGGAAGGUCUGGGAAUUUUGAUGAGGUGGAUAGUGGUCAUACUAGAGGUGGACAGAUCCUGUUUGACAAAGAAAACCAAGAUACGGCCGUUUCAGACUUGUCCACUUCAAAUAAUUCCUCCAUCCAUUCUAGUACAUCUUAUGGGAGUAAAAAUAAGAGCAAAAUUACGUGCUGUGCGUCGUUCUGUAUUCUCUUUCAGUGUCAACAUAUUUGUUCAAGGUUUUCAAUAUUUGAUCUUGUGUCUGUCAUAGGUUCAAUUGGUUUAUACUUCUUUGACUCAGUAACUGACAUUUUGAACGGGUUGUCUUAUUACUACAACAGAGAUAAAAACAAAGACAACAUGUUUUAUUUCAUCGUCACAAUGAUUGUCAUAGUUGUGCCUUCCCUUAUUAUGCAAGCGUUUUCCAUUUGGUGGGAAGUAGAGGAUAUUUCCGAAAUAAACAAGCAACGAAAAAAUGUGGGAAAACCCGCCGAAAAACGAUGUUACAAACACCUUUUCCUUUUUAUUGUACAUCUGCUGCAGCUUGGACCAAUAUACAGAUACUUUCGUGCGAUACAAUUCGGAUUAAAAUCACGGCGGCGCGAAAUCCAAGGGAACGAAUCAAGAUGGAAAUUUUACAAUAAUCUGUGGAAAUACCAGCUUAGCGAUGUAAGUUUCCUGCGUGUGAUGGAGUCUUACUUGGAAGCUGCACCACAAGUAGUUUUACAAAUCUACAUCAUGGUAACUACCAUGCAAACACCCUUUAUUACAGUUCUAUCAUGCUGUGUAUCCAUCUUUGGAAUGUCACUGAUGAUCGUUACAUGGCAACGACAUCUAAGAGACUCCAUACCUGAAAGUAAAAAGCAAAUUUCUAUUUGUGGAUCAUUUGUGCUCUUCCUAUACAGAACAUGCACUAUAACAUCAAGGGUGUUUGCCUUGGCUUUACUACUGAAUGUCCAUGUAUGGGCAUGGAUUGCCCUGUUUGCUGUACACUGGGUAAUUUGCACCAUCUAUAUCAUCUGCCAGAACACAAAACUUUGUAAUUCAAGAGCGCAAGAAUAUAUUUAUAAUGUUGUAAUUGGCUUCUGUUACACUUUCGCAUACAUCAACGUGCAUUCUAAGCAAGACUCAAACAACCGAUACCGGAUGGCUGUUUAUUAUUUCCUUAUAUUUCUGGAAAACGUUGCAAUAUCUAUGGUGUGGUUCUACUUUCGGCACGGAGGGGGAAGUCUACUUGAAGUUUUACUCGGCUCAAACAACAGUUUCUCUGCAGUUAAUGUAACAACAGCCACAGAAGCCCCUGUUGAAAGCAUUGCGCCAAAUAUUGCGAUCGGAUUCGUUUUUGCCGUCAAUGGCUUGUUUAUCGUUGGUAUUUUGUUCAUGUUGGUAUACUACAUGCUUCUGCACCCAACUAAUGGUGGGCCAUGCUGUAACGCUGCACUGGUUAAUAUAGGUGAACUCAAUACUGGGGAGGCUACAGGCUUGACAGCUUCCUCCAUGGCCGCACGCAGCAAUUACAACCUUAGGGAGAAGAGAAGCACGUCUCAGUUCCACUCAUGGCACAGCACGAGUCUAACGUAUGAAGAAAUUGACAGCAAAAUUAAAAAACGGCCAUCUUCGGACAUUUUACCGCAGACUGCAUUCACAUAUGGUGAUGAGCAACCAAUAGAAGGUACCAAGCGUGUCAGUGCAGUCAUUGAGGUCAAUUCUGCCGCUUGUUCAUGCUACUCCCUCCGUAACACAGCAUUAGGUUACCAGGCAAUAAAACCACAGUCACCAUCCAGCAGCAAGUUGCUUAGUUCACCAUCCAUAAGCAACCAACCUGUACAAAAACAAAGGGUUGAUGAAGUUGAGAGGAAACGAAGAUACUUUACCCGACUUAUUCAACAGAAAAGGGAGUUAGAGCACCAACAAGCAAUACUGAAGUUAAAUAUGGACCGACAGAUUUCUUUGGGAGAGCACAGAAAACUUCCAGAUCAUGAACAGAUGGCACAAAGUACAGCGUUAUGUGUCAAACCUAAAAAAAUAGAUAAUAUUCAAGACUUUGCUGGUACACAAUCCACUAUGACUCCAACAAAAAAGCAUUUGCAUGCUAGAAAUAGACUUCAUAGUUUAGAGGAAUCACCCACACAUGCUGCUCCCCCAUCUUUUUCGCAUGGUACAUUCCCGCGUUAUUCUCGUUCCAGCAUGGGUUUGCGGUCACAUCAGAAAUCUGGUGGCCUUAGUACAAUGAGAAAGGAAAAUUAUCUUAAACCAAUCUCUGAAAACAAAACUAUUGCGCAUACAAGUGCUGGAAUGAGAGACUACAGUGCGUCGCUCUCUAAUUUGACUGUUGCUAUGUCAAGAUCAAAACAAAAGGUUCCGAGGGCAAUGAGUUUUACUGUGAAAAAAGAUGAAGUGAUAGAAUCUAUGGAAAGUUCUGUUUAAUAUACUACCUGUGACUUCAAUUUAUUGACUGUAACUUUCUCCAUUUUUAAAGUGAUAUUCUGUACUCAGUGUUAUUCAAUAUGAUCUAUUUUUAUACUUUACAGUGUGCUUGAAUAUGUAGCUGCUAAUUGUUUUUUUUUAAUAAGUGUUCUAUCUGUUAAUUUUUAGCCAAUCCAUGAACAAAGAAGCCAGAUCCAUGUAUGACAACUUUAUGUGGUGCUAUUGAAGCUGUAUGUGCAUCAUUUUAUAUUUUUUUAUUACAACAGAGAGUAAUUUUAUGUCCAUAAUCCCACAGUAUCGACAUUUGCCAUAUUUUUGUAUGUUGGUUUGAUAUAAAUGUGAUAUAGUUCCUGUGCAACGUAUAAUUUUGUUGAACUUUUGUGUGCUUAUGGGUAUACCAAUAUAUUAUAUCUAUAUAACGAAACAUGUGAUAUUUAGAUUUCUUGAACUUGUAACAGAAAUUAACUUAAGGAAAUUUUUUCUGGAAUUAAAGUCUUACAAGACAUGUGCCGGAAA